UUAUAGACCAGUCUGACAGCAGCCUGUGAGUGUCUUAUUACCGGGAUCCUUCUUGUAAGGACUAAGCAUGGAAUGAAACAUACGAAUCCAGGAGUGCUGUUUGUGCCCAUUUAGUUGGAAAAAUGGAGAAAGAUUCAUCAUCUGCGCCCUCCUCUGUCAACGCUACGGGUUCAUGCCCUGUCCUGAGGGGACCCUCUCCACCGGCACCCAGACAGAUUCCUUCUACCCCUGUUUCUGAUAACCCUGCUGAACCUUCUCAGCCUGACCAAUCAACAUCUCCGUCAAAUCCAAAACAAUUGUCAGACUUUUCUUCAUCAUCCACGAAACCUGCUCAUUUGGAUAAAUCAAAGUCAGUCUCUGUUGCUUCAUCUGUGUCCUCAAAACCCUCCUCUGGUGAAAUAGCUGAUAAAGCUCAACCUGCUUCUUCCAACAUUUCUGCCUCUGAAACAUCCAACAUGCCAUCUGAAACAUCCAACAUGUCAUCUUCUUCAAAGCCCGGAUCUGCCUCUCUUAUAUCAUCUCGCUUGAGUCCCAACGCUCUGACGGAUUCCAUCCCUUCUCCUUCUGAAGCUACUUCCACUAAACGCAGCUUUGCCUCUGUGGCCAAGCGGGUGAUAAUACAGGAGAGACUCCGAAAAGCAGAGGAAGAGGAUGCAAAUGAUGAAGAAGAUGAAGAACCAGAAGAAGACCUGAGUGUGGAGCAGAUGGAGGAGAAGGCCAACACGGGGGAUGCCAGAGCUCAGACCAAGUUGGCUCAGCACUUCUUGAUCCUUGCUAAAGAGAAAGACUCAGACCUUAACAACCGUCUGGCAGUUAACUGGUUAAUCAAAGCAGCAAAACAGGGAAGAAAGUCUGCUGCGAGACUUCUUCAGCGCUGUUGGAUCCAGAAAAAAGGGAUAACUCUAGAAAAUGAGGCUGAUGUGCGCAAGUUGUCAAAAGAAGGCAAGUUUGAGCUGGCGGUACGCAAAGCAGCCAUGAUGAUGUACUGGAAGCUUAAUCCAGACAGGAAGAAGAAGGUGGCUGUCUCUGAGCUGCUGCAAAAUGUCAGCCAGGUCAACACAGUGCCGGCAGGGGGCCAAGCAAGCAGAAUCCCUGUCCCAACUUCAGGCCAGACCCAGAAAGUAUUGGAGAGCAUGGUCAGCAAUGACUCCAAACAGCUGGUGGACCUGGAUGACUUUGUUGAGAUGACGAAAAAGUUUGCACAAGGUAUUGUUCCUACUGUGCCUCAAAAUGGCAGCCAGGCCGCGUCGAAAACUAAAAGUGCUGCACUGCAGGACGGAGGAGUGAAGGACAAGUCAGAGGUCGUACCGAAAGACCCUAAGAAGGGACGGAAGCAUUCUUGGAGCUUUGGUGGGAUGAUGCCAGACGCAAACCAGACCAAUGCCAUGAAGUCACACUUGAUGAUGCUGCAGUACCCGCUCCACGCAGUUAUUGAGAUGAAGGAGCACCUCUUCGACUGGGCAUCAAGGGCAGGCGUCCAGUGGUUGAGCACGCUCAUCCCCACCCAACAUGUCAACGCGCUCAUAUUCUUCUUUAUCAUCAGCAACCUGACUGUCGAUCUGUUUGCAUUUGUUAUACCCCUGCUUGUUUUUUACCUCGCCUUCAUCUCCAUGAUUAUCUGCACUCUAAGAAUUUUCCAGAGCAGCAAGACGUGGGAGAACUUCAGAGCUCUGACAUCUCUGUUGACUCGUUUUGAACCGGGUCUUGACGUGGAGCAGGCAGAGACCAACUUUGGUUGGAACAACCUGGAACAAUACCUUUAUUUUAUUUUUUCCGUUUUCUUCGUCAUUUUCUCCUUCCCUGUCGCUAACAAGAAAUGGAUCCCCUGUUCCGAACUCUCCACUGUGGCCGUCUUCUUCACAGCUCUCAGCUACUACAGCCUGAGCCCAGCCGCAACAACAUAUGCACGCCAGGCCAUGUUCAUAGAGGUAGCCUCAAAUCUGUGUGGCCUGACGCAACUACUACCAGAAAACAUGACGGCACUUCGCUUUCUGGGACACACAUUUACCACAGUGCCACUUGGGGAAUCUGUGGUGCUGAAGCUCAGCAUCCCCUGCCUUCUGUAUGUCUACCUGUUCUACCUGUUUUUCAGCAUGGCCAGAACCCGUGGAUUUCGGGGGACCUACUGCUUUCUGAUUCCGUACCUUGUGUGCUUCAUGUGGUGUGAGUUUUCAGUGGUCCUCCUCCAAAAUUCCUCUGUCGUGGGAUUAAUACGCACCUGCGUGGCAUACUUCCUCUUCCUGUUUGCACUCCCUGCUCUGGUGUUUGGUCUUGCCGCCAUGCUCUUUAUCCAGAUCAUCAAGUGGUUCAUAGAGUUAGAGUUGACUAAGAUGAUUGUGACCCUUGUGAUAUGCGCAAUCCCUGUCACUUUGCGGCUCUGGACGCGGUUCAGCAUGUCUAUUUUGGAUGUUUUCCGUUCAUUCAUGCACUGGGGUCCAGUCAAAUUCAUCUUACUCUGCAUUUCCAUGGUGAUCCUGCUGUUCUCGGUUUAUGUGUACCACACUGAGGGACAGAAGGUGUACAACUCCACCCUGACAUGGAACCAGUACAGCCAGGUCUGUGGGCCUCCAGCAUGGGAAAGCAAAGGCAUGGCCCAGACGCAGAUCUUCUGCAGCCACCUGCAAGGGCACAGAGUCACCUGGACCGGACGCUUCAGGCAUGCCCGCAUUGCUGAAACAGAGAAUGGAGCGCAGUCUGUCAUAAAUAUGCAGCCGGUGUUUAUUGGGGACUGGAUGCGCUGUUUGUAUGGUGAAACGUAUCCCAAGUGUGAGCCAAAGAAUUCAACACUGGCAGACCCAACAGUGGCAGAAAUAGCAAACAGUUCUUCGUCGCCGGUUUCUCUAGCCACCCUGCUUCGAAUGCAAGAAGAGGAGGAGUUGUGCCAAAUUAAAGCUUUGGCCAAACACUCCUGCCAUGUCAAGCGUUUUGACAGCUACCGAUUUGAGGUGACAGUGGGAAUCAUCCAGGAUGGAAGUUCGGGAGCAGAGGACGCAGCCAGAGAUAUAAUCCUAGUGGCCAGCAAUGAGUUUAGACAGGUUCUUCUCAAUCUGAGACCUGGUAACAUAGUGGAGUUCAGUACUAAGCUGGAUGGUCGAUUAGGAGCAAAGGCUCCGGCCUUUGAGCUCAAGGCUAUCCACUGCCUCGACUGUGCUUCUUCACGAAUGACUGGAGGCAGGCAGGUGAAGAUCGAGAGAGACUUCAGGCGUGCCACAAUUAGAGCCUUGAAAUUUGCAUUUGACUUUUUCUUUUCACCGUUCCUGUCAGCAAACAUCCCGACCUGAGAAGAAACAGGAAAAGGGAAAUUUGAACUCAUAAUGACUUUAACUGAGUCUCCACGACUAUCUUCUCCUGUGAAGAGUUUAUCAAAUCAACGAUAUGGCCUACAGAUGGAUGAAACAUGGAUUAACAGAUCUUGCUCGUGUAUAGCCAUUUAAUUACAGCACAUGUGGAGCAACACAACAGCAUUGUCCCAUUGAAAUUAUUGCAGCAAAUUUAAACUAAUAAUGUUACGUAAUUUUGUGCAGUGAUAUCUGGCCUUCCCUUCAUUCUGAUUGAUCAAACUAUAAUCAUUUGACCAUUGAGGGUAACUCAUUGAGCAAAUUAAUUUCAUAACAGGUAGCUGUAUUUAGAUAAGGAUAAUACACAAAACAAUACUUUUUUUUUUAAUCUGAAAGCUCACAUUGAUCAACAGCAAAUAAAUCUAUGGGUACAGUGUAACAGCUGCGGUCAUUAGUAUGUACAAACAUGUUUUAUAGCUGCAAAUGAUCUGCUGUAUUAAAACAAUCUGCACUGGGUCCUCUCUGGCAGUAGAAUCAUGGCUAGCAAACAUCUUCACUGUUUCUUUGAGUAGCUAUGUUUACAUGGAAAAAAUAAUCGGAAUGAAGGACGGAUCAGAAUAAAAAUGUGUCAUGCAAACAAGCCAGUCAGAAUAUAGUGGUCGGAUUAAGAUCAAUCGGAAUGGAAUUGUAAUCUGAAUUGGGGUGAGGGGUUUAUAGCGAUUGAUAAUCCGAUCCACAUUCAUGUAAACACUUGUUAAGAUCAGUUUAUUCCGAAUGUGGCAAACUGACUCAAGUGCGUCCGAUGUAUAUCCGCUUUGUUGAGUGGUGGAAAUACGUCGGGCAGUACAACUGUCGGGGCUCCCAAUACAACCUUUUCUGUUUGAAACAUUGAAAUUAUGAUUUUGAACUGGCCUGGGCGCUCAGAAUACAAACUCGUACACUACUGCUUUGUUUACUAUUAUUUGUUAUUCAACAAAGGCGGAAGCUCUUCUUCUGUAGUUUUUUGUGGGGGGAGGGGGGGGGGGGGGUUUGAUAACUGUGAAUGUCAGAAUGGCUCUGUCCUGUGCAUAUACAUGCACAUUAUGAUCCGAUUAGUUUAUUGUAUGCCCAUAUAAACGGUAAAAUCCAAUAAACAGAUUUUUGAUUUUUAAUCAAAAUACAUUUCAAUCCGAUCAUGAAAUUAUGUGCAUGUAAACAUAGCUAAGGAAGUUAUCCGGUUGUCUUCCCAUUCAAAAAAAACAAACAAAACAAGACUUGGUUUGUGAUUAAGGCUGAAGUCAAAGCUUUUCCAGCAAGGUUGCAAGUCACCAUUAUCCCUGACAUUUAUAGCUAAAUGAAGUUAAGCUUGUGCACAAGUUUUACUUUAGCAUUUGCACAGUAGCAAAACUAUCUUAAGCUGCAUACAAACAUAUUUCCUGGCUCCGACAGAUGCAGCCACAACUUGUGAUGGUUGUUCACUUUUACUAAGUAAAUAUAUUCAUUCAUAAUACAGUCCAUAUCAAGAUAAGGAGCUCAUAUUCACACGAUAAAUGAGAAGAGCACUCGCCCAAGUGAACAUCUUCGGUUAAAUUUGGGUUUGUUACCAAAAUAAAAUAAUAUUAGUUAUAAUCCAUUCUUAAACAUUACAUUUACAAGCUUAUAUUAAAAAUUUAAUUUUUCUAAUGGUAUCCAUUACCCUCCAAAAUUAUCUUUUACUGUGUGCUGUAGCAGAAGACCUCUGAAGACCCAGAGACUUGUCAGAGCAAUGUUGAGGCUGCUGGUUUUGUAUUUAAUGAUGUCUUUCAGGUAUAGUGUAUUUUUACAUCAGUGGUUUAUAAAAUGCCUACUUGCUGGCCUGCUUUCAGUGUUGGUGACAAAACAUAUGGCACAAUGUCCGGAGCCAGAUAUCUGUAUUGUCUCUCUCUCUCUAGACAGACAGAUAGACAGACAGUCCUAUUCAGUUACUUUGAAUAUCAUUCAGAUGAGGCUAAUUUUUCAGAAUAAAUGCACAUUUUCAAAAUAA